CUCGAUCACUAAUGUUUUGUUUUGUGGGGAUGCGCAGGUGAUCGUUCGGAUGAUUAAUGCGAAGGACUCGGCGCACGCGGUGGGCGGAGCUCUCCUGCAAGAGAUUCAGGUGUUUCAGGCUUCUUUCCUUCGUGCAACGUUCCAUUUCGCUCCCCCUAGGUAUAAUAGGGCUGCCCAUUUCGUGGCAAGACAAGCCCUUGGAGCGAUGGUGCAGACACUUGUCGACCAUCGUGUUUUAUUUAUUUAAUUUUCCUAGCCUGGUCUUAGGAGGCCUUGUAUUUUGUCGUAUAUUUGCUGCUUCUCUCUCGGGAUAACUUUGGCAAAAAAAAAAUACCGCAGUUAAAAAUAUUAACAAAAAACAAAAAUAAAAACAAAACUGAAUAAUAAUGAUGAUGAUAAGCUGUUGUUUUGUUGCCACAUGUGAAUGAUGAAAUCUCUAACAUUUCGUUUCCUUACCUUUUUUUUUACAAAGGAUUUACUUGUAUUGCUCUUUGAAAGAAAAGUUACAAGGGAAGCCAAACAAAGAAGCCCAGAAAAGAUCAAGGCAAGCCAAACACAAGCACACGAUUGUACAAUCUGUGUUAAAGAAAUACAAAAAGAGAAGAACAGAACACAUAAAAGAACAACCCAAAACAUCAGCAACACUUGAAUCAGAUCCAGAAGACACCGAAAGCUCCCUUGCAAAACAAAGCAAUCAAAGAGCACCAAGCAUAAUCAGCUCGUCCGAUCCGACCGAGUCCUUGACAAUUGAAUACAUCUCCAAAGGCCGCCUCCUGGGAGUCGCUCGAAGACGCUCAACACAGUGAAUCUCUUGUGAGGGAUUAUAUGGAGGUGGAAAGGGUAGAGGAUCGAAAUGCUCCGAGCUGAAAAAGCAGAGGAAGACGAGGCACCAAGAACUUGGUCAAGGGAGAAGAGGAACCCAAACUCCAAAAUCCAAGGUCUGAAACCGCAGUCAGAAGGGUCAGACACCACCUUCCUUCCACCGACGCCGACCAAGAGGCAGAUGACUACCAACAGGGGGAACGGAGGAGAAAACAAUGAAUCGAUUCACCAUGCAUGUUGAUGAACCCACUAUCUAAAGAGGAGACCUCUAGAUGCAUAACCCAGCACUAAGGAGAGCAAAUCCAGAAAGGAACCCUAGAAAAGGGCAACGAAAGACCAUAAAGGCAGGAGAAGCUAAAAAGCUGGAAAAUCCGAUUGAAAAAGGCCAAACCAAUGGCAAAGAAACAUAAAAAACUAGGAAGAGGAAAGAAAAUUGGGCUACUGCCGGUCUUGGUGACCGACGGCAAUCCCUGCAAAGACCCAAGCAGAGGGGCUGGAGGAGGAGAGAGAAUACAGAGCAAAAAUUUGAAAAAAAAGUAAGAGAGAGGCUGGCGGUCGCUGUGAUCUACCUCUUUUGUUUUGUUGAUACUAUACAUCAUUAGUUACUAUUUUCCGAUUGGCUACCAAAUACACGCUAUGCAUGCUUCAUGAUUUUGGAUGUUUUCGGUUUGUUGAUUAACAUUUCUGCUAUUUUGUUAUGUUUAUUUUGAGGAGAUUUAUCUUGCUUAUAGGAUAAUUAUGUAUCUGACUGCAUAAAUAAAUUUGGUCCUUUGACCAUAAAUUAAAAUACAUAUUUUCUUAAUUCUACUAUAUUUUUUUUUUCUUAAGUGACUUGCAUCUGCUUCUAUUUAAUUUGAAUUUUGAGUAGAAGAAUGAGUUAAUUGUUAUCUACAAAAUUAUUUAUGUUUUCAAUAUGUUUUAGGAAAUUUUGUGGGUAAUGAAUGACUAUUUAUUAGCCAAAUUUUUUUCAGAUUCUUUUUUAUUAGUCAAAUCUAUUGAAUUACUAAUAAUUAGCCAAAUAUUAACUUCCAGUUAGUAAUUUUGUUAGUAAUAAUGACUUGGCAACAUGAUACUGAUUUGGAAAAAUACAUUUAACAUUCCAAAAUUUUAAUAUUUUAACUAAGAAAAGAGUUACAAAAUUAUUAACGAUAACGUAAAAAUGACUAAUUUUUUAUGCAUUACAAAACGUUUGGUUAAUUUUUAGUAUUUCGAUAGGUUUGACUAAUAAAAAAUAAUCCGAAAAAAGUUUGGCUAAUAAAUAGUCAUUACCCAUAAAAAAUUCUCACCAUUUGUUAUCGGGAGGAGUUACGGUGCUAAUUGUACAAUAGUUAGUACCGUCCUAACCAAGGGAUAAACUACUACUAGUUUGAAUUAGUAGUGAUUUAGCUUAGAUGUUGUAUUGAAUUUAUAAUAAUCCGUAGUGAUUUCGUUAUUUUUAGUAGCGUUUUUUGCUAGUUAUCACGGUGCUAACCCCUAUAAGGGUUAGCACCUAAUCCCAUCCCCUUGUUAUCAUCCUCUAACACCUUUACAUUUUUUUGUUUUAACUCGGAUUUAAAAAAAAUAUUCCACAUAAUGAACGAGUUCAUUUUGAUUUCCUAAAUUAUGUCAAUUCUCGCUAUACAUUUUUUUAAAUCAUAACUUCUUAUUUAAUCCAAAUGGGAAUGCAUAAUACAUUCCCCAAAAGUUCUAAAACAACGAAGCAAAGAUUCGACUUGAGUCCAUGUAGAAUGAAAAGAAUGUAAACAA